AUGGCAUCAAUGAUCCAGCAGAUUCUGAAUUCUAACAUUUCUUCUCCUGCUCUCCCUUUUCUUCCUCCCAACAAAUUUACAAACAGCCCAUCUUACUGUUAUGAUUUCUCCAGGAAGAGGAGAUCAUCCUGGGGAUCAUCGUGUUGUGGUUCUUCAGCAGCAGCAGCAUCGUUGGCAGAAAGCAGUAGGAAAUCCAGCCAUUCUUCAGUCCUGUUGCAGUACUACAAGUAUGAGGAGGAAGUUGCCAAGAAGGCAAGAAUUAAGAAACUAUUUGAUCAUGUUGAUCUUUCGGUUUCUUCCUACGACACUGCUUGGGUGGCUAUGGUCCCGGAUCCCGGAUCUUCUGGCCCGACUCCCCUUUUCCCUAAGUGCAUUGAUUGGUUACUGGAAAACCAGCUCGAAAAUGGCUCGUGGAGUCUUCCUAACAACCAUCCAUGUUUACUAAAGGAUGUUUUGUCCUCCACCCUUGCAUCUGUUCUUGCCCUUAAGAAAUGGGGAAAGGGUGAUGAACAUGUUCACCGGGGUGUUUGUUUCAUUCAGCAGAAUUUAAUUUCAGCUUCUGAUGAGCGUCAGACUUCACCUAUUGGAUUUGACAUCAUAUUCCCAGGCAUGCUUGAGUAUGCUAGAGAUAUUGAUCUAAAUCUUUGUCUAGAUUCUGAGAUACUGACUGCCUUACUUCAAAAAAGAGAUUGUGAACUUAGGAGAUUAUAUGAAAGCAAUUCAAAGGAAAGCAAAGAGUACCUUGCUUACAUAUCAGAAGGGGUGGUAAAGAUACAGGAUUGGGAUAUGGUUAUGAAGUUUCAGAGGAAGAACGGGUCACUAUUUAAUUCACCUUCUGCCACAGCUGCUGCUGUUUUGCACGUCCAUAAUCCGGAGUGCAUAAAGUACCUUCGUACAACAUUAGACAAGUUUGGAAAUGCAGUUCCGGCAGUUUACCCUCUGGACAUCUAUGGUAGACUCUGCUUGGUCGACAAUCUUGAGAGACUGGGUAUCUGUCAACAAUUUAAGGAGGAAAUUCGAAAUGUAUUGGAUGAUACAUAUAGAUGCUGGCAGCAGAGGGAUGAAGAGAUUUUUGCAGAGGCAUCCACUUGUGCCCUGGCAUUUCAGCUGUUGCGGACACAUGGAUAUGAUGUUUCUGCAGAUCUAUUAACCGAAUUUUUACCCCAAGAUUGUUGUCUGAAUUCUUUUGAUGGAUAUUGGAGGGACAUUCACGCUGUACUACAGUUGUAUCGAGCUUCAGAGCUGAUUCUACAUGACAAUGAUUCAGUUCUAAAAAGACAAAAUAUUUGGUCCAGAAAGUUCCUUAAAGACCAAAUUUCUAAUGUUUAUGACAUCAAGGGAUUUGGUGGUCAAGUUUACAGUGAGGUGGAGAACAUUCUUAAGCUUCCAUCUUAUGCAAGCUUACAACGAGUUACAAGCAGGAAAAGCAUAGAACAGUACGACUUGGAUAACACAAGAGUCCUUAAAACUUCUUACCGCUCAUCAAAUUUUAGCAAUAAAGAUCUCCUGAGCCUGGCUGUCCAAGAUUUUAAUCACUGCCAGUAUAUACAUCGUGAUGAAUUGAAACAACUGGAAAGGUGGGUUGUGGAGAACAGAUUGGACGAGCUAAAAUUUGCUAGACAGAAGUCGGCAUACUGUUACUUUUCUGCCUCUGCAACCAUGUUCUGGCCUGAAUUAUCUGAUGCUCGAAUGGCGUGGGCCAAAAACAGCAUACUCACUACCGUGGUUGAUGACUUUUUCGACGUUGGGGGGUCUAUGGAGGAAUUAAAGAAUUUAAUUGAGCUGGUUGAAAAGUGGGAUGUGAAAGUUAGUGAAAAUUGCUGCUCAGAGUCUGUCCAAAUCAUUUAUUCAGCUCUUCAUAGUACGAUUGGUGAGAUUGGAAACAAAGCAUUCAAAUGGCAAGCACGUGAUGUUACCAGCCACAUAAUUGAAAUCUGGUUAGAUUUACUUAAUUCUAUGUUGAGAGAGUCUGAAUGGGCUAGGAAAGGAUCAAGGCCAACAAUAAAUGAAUAUAUGGAGAACGGCUAUGUCUCGUUUGCGUUAGGGCCUAUUAUCCUCCCGGCACUAUAUUUCGUUGGUCCUAAGCUGUCAGAGGAAAUCGCUAAGGGUCCUGAAAUGCACGUACUUUAUAAACUGGUGAGCACCUGUGGGCGCCUUCUUAAUGAUAUCCGUGGCUUUGAGAGGGAAGCAAAGGAUGGUAAACUAAACGCGGCUACUCUGCACCUGCUUCAAGGAGUUACUGAAGCUGACUCCAUUGUGGAGAUGAAGCGUACAAUUGAAAAUCAGAGGAGAGAACUGUUACGAUUGGUUUUGCAGAAAGAGGGAAGCGUGGUUCCGAGAGCUUGCAAGGAUUUGUUUUGGAAUAUGAGCAAAGUCCUACACCAAUUUUACAUUAAAGAUGAUGGAUUUACAUCACAGGAACUGAUUGAGCUUGUGAAAUCAAUUAUUCAUGAACCAUUGCCCUCGGUAUAA